AUGAAAACUAUGGCGAAACCAUCGCAAGAUUCAAAACAGCUUCCACAAGUUCGUAUUAUACGUGGCAAUCGACCUGACGGAUAUCCAAAAUUAUUUGAUGAACGGGUUGAUUCUCCUAUUCGAUCUUCCGUUGAUAGUUGGUUGAGUAGUGCUCCGAGUAUACAACCGUCAAAACCUAAACCAAUAACAAAAAAAGUUGAUAAGCCGCAACCAAUUGCUGAAGAUGACGAGACAGAAAAUGACCCGAUGAGAAAAUGGAUUAUCGUUGCUAUUGUUAUUUUUGCAGUUUUGACAGUAUUUUCAAUAGUUGGUAUUGUCUUAUCUGUUGUAUUUCGUCAGUAA